AUGCCGGUUUCAGUGCCAGCUGCAGACAGAUGGCAGAGAUCCUCAGCAGCAUUUUCUCUCAGUUUUCUUGCUUUAGUCUUCUCUGUUACAGCAUUCAGCAGCAGCUACUGGUGUGAAGGCACAAGAAAAGUUGCCAAACCUUUCUGUACAGGACAGAGCAAAGGGGAUAACUGCAUCCGCUUCAAUAGCCCUGAUGGCAACAACAGCAAUGCUGUGCAGUACGUUUGGGAGACGGGAGAUGACAAGUUUGUUGACCGAAAGUUUCAUGCUGGGAUUUGGUAUUCCUGUGAAGAAAGUAUAAGUGAAGAAGGUGAGAAAUGUAGAAGCUUCAUUGGUCUGACUCCAGCUUCUGAUCGAGGGGUUUUAUGGCUGUCUAUUGUAGCAGAGCUUCUGUACAUCAUUUUGCUUCUGAUUGGAGCCAUUCUUAUGUCAGUAGAAAUGUGCUACUACAGUACUGUCAUUGACGGGCUAAAGAUCAACGCCUUUUCUGCAGUAGUCACUGUAUUAGCAG